AUGGGUAUCUCAAGAGACUCUCGUCACAAGCGUUCUGCAACCGGUGCUAAAAGAGCCCAGUUCAGAAAGAAGAGAAAGUUUGAGUUGGGUAGACAGCCAGCCAACACCAAGAUCGGUGCCAAGAGAAUCCACACUGUCAGAACCAGAGGUGGUAACAAGAAGUUCAGAGCCUUGAGAGUUGAGGCCGGUAACUUCUCUUGGGCCAGUGAAGGUGUCGCCAGAAAGACCAGAAUCGCUUCUGUCGUCUACCACCCUUCCAACAACGAGUUGGUCAGAACCAACACCUUGACCAAGUCUGCUAUUGUCCAAAUUGACGCCACCCCAUUCAAGCAAUGGUUCGAGACCCACUACGGUAAGGUUUUGGGUAAGAACAAGGAGGGUCAUGAGGUCAAGAAGACCGCCAAGGACGAGAAGAAGUUCGCUGCCAGAGCCGCUGCUUCUGUCAUUGAGUCCGCUGUCGACCACCAGUUCUCUGCUGGUAAGUUGUACGCUUGCAUCUCUUCUAGACCAGGUCAAUCUGGUAGAUGUGAUGGUUACAUCUUGGAGGGCGAGGAGUUGGCCUUCUACUUGAGAAGAUUGACUGCUAAGAAAUAA